AUGAAGAUCAACGUGAAAACCGUCCAAGGAACUUCGAGUGAAUAUGAAGUCCAAGAUGCCACCACCAUUGGCCAACUUAAGGAAAUGAUUCAUGAAAAGCAAAACAUUGAUGCCGCAAGCAUUUCGUUAGUUUUGAAGUCAAGAAUGUUAAAAGACGACACCCAGACAAUCCAAGCGGUCGGCAUUAAAGAAAACGAUUUCGUUAUUAUGGUCGUGAGAAAGAAUACUGUUGCUCCUCCUCCUCAACCAGCCCCCGUCCAACAACCAACUCCAGUACAACCAACACCACAACCAGUCCCCGUUCAACAACCAGUCCAGCCACAACAACCAGCUUCAAAUCCCGUUAACAUAUUUGAAAGACAACCAACUCAGCAACAAGCUGCUGUUGAACCAACUGAAGCAAAUAUCACUCAAUUGAUCGAAAUGGGCUUCCCAAGAGAUGAUGCCAUUAAGGCUCUUAAAAAGGCACAAAACAACACAAACGUUGCUGCCGAAUUCUUGUUGAGUGGUACUAAUCUCGACCAAAUUCCUGACCAACCCCAAGGCGAAGAAGGUGGAGUCCCUAUCACCGCUCUCACUCGUGAGCAAUUCGUCCAACUUUGCAAUGAAAGACCAGAAGUUUUACAACCACUGUUGAACCCAAUUCAAGCCGACAACCCUCAGUUGGCUCAAAUGAUCCAGGCGAACCCAGGUAUGCUCUACGACAUUAUCAAAACCCACCAAAACGAUCAACAGCAACAACAACCAAUGCCUUCACAACCAAUCCCUCAACAACCAAGUCAGCCAAUUCAACCAUCCCAACCAAUACAACAACCCACUCAACCAGCACAACCUACUCAACCAGCUGGACCACAACUCUCUGCUGAAGACAAUGCGGCGAUCGACAGACUGACUGGACUUGGGUUCUCAAAGGCUCAGGCCAUCCAGGCGUAUGUCGCGUGUGAUAAAAAUGAAAACCUCGCUGCAAAUUUCCUGCUCGAUGGAUUUGAUUAA